AUGGGCCGAAACGACUAUCCCCCGCAAAGCUCGCCUUCUGAAGAGAAUCUCGAGACAUCUCCGCUGCUUUUUAAGUCAUCCCCGAACAAUGGCGGAGCCACUGAUGAAGCAAGUUCAUCUCAAACCACCAGCUCGCUGUCUUCCAGCUAUGAAGAUUCAUCACCUUCUCCGGAUGAGCCUGAGCCCGUCGUACCGUCUCCGCCUCCGCUCAGCCGGUCUCAGGUCUGCCUUCUAGUGUGUCUCUCCGCUAGUAGUCUGCUCGCCGGCUGCUGUACCGUCAUCCAGGCGCCAUUCUUCACUCACGAAGCCCACCUUCGUGGUCUGAGCAGCGCCGCAUCUGGAGCAGUCUUCAGCUGCUUCGCGUUGGCUCAGAUGGUAGCGUUCCCGGCAAUGGGCUGGCUGGCACCGCGGCUUGGCGUGACGCGGCUCUACACACUCAGUCUGCUGGUGGCUGGAGUAACCACGGUGGUGUUUGGCAUGUUGACUUACAUCGAGGGCCCGGCACCGUUCCUGGGUUGGUGUCUGACGGUGCGAGCCGCCGAGGCCGUCGGCACUGCCGCCGCCCAGACGGCUGCGCGAACCAUCAUCAUCAACCAGUUCCCGCGGCGGAUGAACUCGGCCAUGAGUCUGGUGGAGGGCAUGAUUGGUGCCGGCCUGUGCCUGGGCCCGGCAGUCGGUGGAGCGAUGUAUGCCUUGGGCGGGUACGGAGCGCCAUUCUACACUCUGGGUGUUCUACUGCUUGGCACCGCAGCCGCUAGCCUGAUCCUGAUGCCGACCGUGACGGACCGUUCGACUCGAACGACCGAGAAGGACGACAGCCGCUCUAGUUACCUCGAGAUGCUGAUUCUCGUGCUCUCUACAGCCGACAACUGGCUGAUAUUCGCGGCGCUGCUGGUAGCCGCGAUGAACUGGACGGCCAUGGAUCCCAGCAUGGAGCCCUACAUGCACGCCGUCCUCGGCAUCCAGCCGGCCGAGCUGAGCCUCUUCUUCCUGGGCUCGUUCGCCGGCUACGCUCUCUCCAGCCCGCUCUGGGGGCGGCUCUCGGAUCACAUCAACAACACGUUCCUGCUGGUGGCCGCCUGUCUGGCGCCCACCGCUCUUGGCGUGCUGUUGAUCCCUCCGUCCCCCCUGCUCGGUCUCCGGCCGUCCCGCCUGCUGCUCGGUUUGGGGAUGGUACUACGCGAGCCGUUCCAGCUGGGCGCCUAUCUUCCUCUCCUGCCGCUGAUGGUGCGUCGUUCGACCGCUCGCGGUCUGCGGAGUGAUGUACGCGGUCAGGCGCUGGUGUCAGCGGUGUUUGGAGCGGCCUACUCCCUGGGUAACGUGCUAGGCCCGGUGGGAGGCGGGCUGGUGACCGACCGAUGGGGGUACCCGACCCUGGCCACCUGGCUCGGAGGUGUCACGGUGGUCCUGUGUGUGGCCAUGGCGUUACGCGGGGCGGUGUAUCACUCCACGAGGCGCACAGCGGCACCGUACGUCGAAAUAUGA